AUGAGAGUGUUCGUGCUAGCUCUCACUGUUGCCCUUGCAGCGGGGUACCAGGUCAGUUUCGCCCCAGAAUUUGCUCUUGGAAAGACCUACGUGUACAAAUAUGAAGCAGUUCUUAUGGGUGGCCUGCCUGAAGAGGGCCUGGCACGGGCUGGACUGAAAAUCCGCAGCAAAGUUUUGAUCAAUCCGGCAGCUGCUGACACCUUUGUCCUGAAGCUUUUAGACCCUGAACUCUUUGAGUACAGUGGCAUCUGGCCCAAAGAUGCUUUCAUUCCUGCCACCAAGCUCACCUCAGCCUUGGCUGCUCAGCUGUUGACACCCAUCAAGUUUGAGUAUUCUAACGGUGUUGUUGGUAGGGUGUUUGCACCGGCUGGCAUCUCUGCUACUGUACUAAAUAUCUACAGAGGAAUCAUUAAUAUCUUGCAGCUGAACAUCAAGAAGACUCAGAAUGUUUACGAACUGCAAGAGCCUGGAAUCCAGGGUGUGUGCAAGACACACUAUGUCAUCAGUGAGGACGCUAAGGCUGAACGCAUUCAUCUGACCAAGACCAAAGACAUGGACAAUUGUCAGGAGAGAAUCAUGAAGGACAUUGGCUUGGCUUACACCAAGAAAUGCCUUGAGUGUGAAGCUACAGGGAAGUCCCUGAAGGGAGCCGCUGCCUUUAACUACGUCAUGAAGCCACUGCCCACAGGUGCUCUGAUCUUGGAGGCAACUGCUACAGAACUGAUUCAGUUCUCUCCUUUUAACAUCUUGAAUGGUGCUGCUCAGAUGGAAGCAAAGCAAAUCCUAACCUUCUUGGAGAUUUUGAAGACCCCAGUGGAGCCCAUCCAAGCAGAUUAUCUUCACCGUGGAUCCCUGCAGUACGAGUUUGGCAGUGAGCUUCUUCAGAAUCCUAUCCAGCUUCUGAGGAUUAGCAAUGCUGAGGCUCAGAUUGUUGAGGUCCUGAACCACCUGGUGACAUUCAACGUGGCCAAAGUCCAUGAAGAUGCCCCUCUGAAGUUCCUCGAGCUCAUCCAGCUGCUGCGUGUGGCCAGAUUUGAGAGUAUUGAAGCUCUCUGGAAUCAGUUUAAAGCUAGACCUGACCACAGGCACUGGAUUAUCGAUGCUGUUCCCGCCAUUGGUAAUCAUGCUGCUCUGAGGUUCAUCAAGGAAAAGUUCCUGGCUGAUGAGCUGACUAUUGCUGAAGCUGCUCAAGCUCUGUUGGCAUCAGUGCACAUGGUGACAGCUGACCUGGAAUCCAUCAAGCUUGCUGAGAGUCUGUUGAUGAACCGCAAGAUCCAAGAAAACCCAAUCCUGCGUGAGAUUGUCAUGCUUGGCUAUGGUACUCUGGUUGCCAAAUACUGUGUAGAGAAUCCAUCUUGCCCAGCUGAACUUGUGCGGCCCAUCCAUGAGCUUGCUGUCGAGGCUCUUGCCAAAAGUAAUAUCGAGGAGCUCACUGUCGCUUUGAAAGUCCUGGGUAAUGCUGGACAUCAUUCAAGCCUGAAGCCAAUCAUGAAGUUCCUGCCUGGUUUUGGAAGUGCUGCUGCUAAUCUGCCACUCAGAGUUCACAUUGAUGCUGUUUUGGCCCUGAGGAACAUCGCAAAGAAAGAGCCCAAGAUGAUCCAGGAAAUGGCUGUUCAGAUGUUCAUGGACAAUGCUCUCCACCCAGAGCUUCGUAUGGUUGCUGCUAUUGUGUUGUUUGAGACAAAGCUGCCCAUGGGUCUGGUGACUGUCCUCGCUGACGCCCUCUUGAAAGAGAAAAAUCUGCAGAUUGCCAGCUUUGUCUACUCUUACAUGAAGGCCAUGACCAAGAACACUGCUCCUGAUUUUGCUUCAGUUGCUGCAGCCUGCAAUGUUGCUGUCAAGAUCCUCAGUCCGAAAUUUGACAGACUUAGCUACAGCUUCAGCAGAGCUUUCUAUGUAGAUGCCUACCAUAAUCCCUGGAUGAUUGGUGCUGCUGCCACUGCCUUCUACAUUAAUGAUGCUGCAACUGUUUUACCAAGAGCAGUUAUAGCCAAAGCUCGCACCUACUUGGCUGGAGCUUACGCUGAUGUUCUUGAGGUUGGAGUAAGAACUGAGGGAAUUCAGGAGGCCCUUCUGAAAAUCAAGGAGGCUCCACAGAAUGCUGACAGGAUCACCAAGAUGAAACAAGUGAUGAAGGCUCUGUCUGAGUGGAGGGCUCAUCCUAAUAGCCAACCCCUGGCCUCAGUGAAUGUGAAGUUCUUUGGACAGGAAAUUGCAUUUGCCAAUGUUGACAAAGCCAUUGUUGAUCAGAUUAUUGAGCUGGCCAGCGGACCUUCUGUCAACGCUCAUGGCAGACAGGCUCUGGAUGCUCUGCUGUCUGGUUUCUCACUGCAUUAUGCUAAACCACUGCUGCUUGCUGAGGUCCGUCGCAUCAUUCCCACUGCUGCUGGUCUGCCCAUGGAGCUGAGUUUCUACACUGCCGCUGUGGCUGCUGCUUCCGUUGAAUUCCAUGCCACUGUGACACCACCACUGCCUGAGAAUUUCCAUGCUACCCAGCUUUUGAAGUCUGACAUCAGCGUCAGGGCUGCCAUUGCUCCAAGCGUUUCCAUUCACACCUAUGCAGUUAUGGGUGUGAAUACUGCUUUGAUCCAAGCUUCCCUGCUGUCAAGAGCCAGAGUUCACACCAUUGUUCCUGCAAAGAUGGAAGCAAGAAUUGACAUGAUUAAGGGCAACUUCAAGCUGCAGCUCCUGCCUGUUCAGGGCAUUGAUAAGAUCGCAUCUGCACUUGUUGAGACCUUUGCUGUUGCAAGAAAUGUAGAAGACCUAGCAGCUGCCAAGUUCACACCAAUAAUUCCAGCUGAGCCUGCAGUUCAGACCUCAUCUAAAUUAGCAUCCUCAAUUGCUGAUGACAUGUCACUGUCAUCUGAGCUCAUUUCUGAUGACCUGCCAAGAAAACUUGUGAACAGACUGAAACUGCCCGUGGCCUUUGAGAAAAAAAUGUGUGCUGCAAUCGAAGUCUUUGGAAUAAAGGCAUGCACUGAGGUUCAAUCCCGUAAUGCUGCAUUCAUCAGAGAUAGUCCACUCUAUGCAAUCAUUGGAAAGCACGCUGUCAUGGUUGAGGUGUCUCCAGUUGCUGGACCAGUCAUUGAGAGGAUUGAAAUUGAGAUUCAGGUUGGAGACAAAGCAGCAGAAAAGAUCCUCAAGGUGAUUCGUAUCAGUGAUGAAGAGGAAAUUCUUGAGGACAAGAAUGUCCUGAUGAAACUGAAGAAAAUCUUGGUUCCAGGUCUGAAUAACAGGACGGCAGUUUCUUCUAGCUCAAGUAGCUCCAGUGCAAGCCUCUCCUCCUCUGCAUCAUCCAAGUCUUCAAGAAGUCACUCCAGCAGUGCUUCAAGCAGUCGUUCAUCAUCUAGCAGCCGCAGCUCCAGAACUCAGUCCAAGCAGGAACUGUACGACAUGAAGUUCCAAAAGAACCACAUCCACCAGCAUUCCAUGUCAUCUGCCAUGGUCAACAGCAAGAGCAGUGCUCGCAGCUUUGAAGCUAUUUACAAUAAGGCCAAGUAUCUUGCUAACACUGUCACUCCAACUGUGACUGUUCUCAUCCGUGCUGUGAGGGCUGACCACAAGGUGCAGGGAUACCAGAUUGCAGCUUACCUCGAUAGAACCACCGCCAGGCUGCAGAUCAUUCUUGCCAACCUGGCUGAGAAUGAUCACUUUAGAAUCUGUGCUGAUGGUGUGUUGCUGAGCAACAACAAACUGAUGGCCAAGCUUUCCUGGGGAAUUGAAUGCAAGCAAUACCAGACUGAGAUCACAGCUGAAACUGGUCUUGUGAAUCAAAUGCCUGCAUUCCGCCUGAAGCUGACCUGGGACAAACUCCCAAGGAACUUGCAGCCCUAUGCAAAGGACAUCUCUGAGUACAUUUCCCGUGUUGCUCGUGAAAUGGGAGUGAACCUGGCCAAGGUCAAAAAUGUUCGCAAUCAAAUCAAACUGACUGUGGCUGUUGCUACUGAGAAAAGUCUGAAUUUGGUGCUGAAGACACCAAAGAUGACCAUUUCCAAACUUGGAAUCAGUCUUCCCCUUUCUCUGCCCAUUGGAAACACUGCUGCUGAGCUGCAAGUAUACCAGGACAACUGGGCUGACAAGAUCAUGCACUUGCUCACCAAGGCUCAUGCAGCUGAGUGUUCCUUGGUCAAAGACACACUGAUCACAUUCAACAACAGGAAACUGAAGAAUGAGAUGCCUCACUCUUGCUACCAGGUGUUGGCUCAGGAUUGCACUAAAGAACUCAAAUUCAUAGUUCUGCUGAAGAGGGACCAAAUGCAGCAACAGAACCAGAUCAGCCUGAAAAUUGCUAACAUUGAUGUCGACAUGUAUCCAAAGAACAAUGCUAUCGCUUUGAUGGUUAAUGGAGUAGAGGUCCCCAUCAGCAACUUACCAUACCAUCAUCCCGAAGGCAAACUUCAGAUCCUACAGAGAGAAGAUGGCAUCACUCUCCAUGCUCCAGGCCUUGGUCUUCAGGAGGUCUUCUUCAGUCUGAACAUACUGAAGCUUAAAGUUGUGGACUGGAUGAGGGGUCAGACUUGCGGAAUGUGUGGAAAUGCUGACGGGGAAGUCAGACAGGAGUACCGCACUCCUAACCAACGCCAGACCAAGAAUGCAGUCAGUUACGCUCACUCUUGGGUUCUGCCAGGAAAGAGCUGCCGCGAUGCCUCUGAGUGUUACAUGAAGCUUGAAUCAGUAAAGCUGGAAAAGCAAAUGAUCCUCCAUGGUCAGGAGUCCAAAUGCUACUCUGUGGAGCCUGUACUUCGUUGUCUGCCUGGCUGCAUGCCAGUGAGGACCACUACUGUCACUGUUGGCUUCCACUGUGUGCCAGCUGAUUCAAACAUGAACCGCUCUGAGGGUCUGAGCAGCAUCUUUGAGAAGAGCAUUGACCUCCAGGAAACAGCAGAGGCUCACCUGGCCUGUCGCUGCACCGCUCAGUGCGCUUAA